AUGGCGGGCGCCGAGGCGCUGGAGGGCUGCGCGCCCGCGCUCGUGGCGGCGCUGCGGGCGCACGGCGCCGGCGAGGUGACGUGCUGCGACGUGAGCGCGGACGGCGCGCGCCUGCUGAGCGGCGGCGGCGACCGCGCGCUGCGGGCGUGGCGCUGGGCGGGCGGCGCGGGCUGGCAGGCGGCGGCGGCGGCGCCGCGGGCUCACCGCUACGGCGUGACGGCGGCGCGCUGGGCGCCGGGCGGCGCGCUGGCGGCGUCGGGCGGCGUGGACGGCGCGGCGCGCGUGUGGGCGGCGCGCUCGCUGGCGCCGCGCCGGCUGCUGGCGGCGCCCGGCGCGCCGGCGCUGCGGGCGCUGUGCUGGGCGGCGCCCGCGCGGCUGCUGUGCGGCUACGACGACGGCGCCGCCGUGCUGUGGGACGUGCGCGGCGCGGCGCAGCUGGCGCGCCUGCGGCAGCACGAGGGCGCGCUGCACGCGCUGGCCGCGCCCGCGGGCGGGGCGCUGCUGCUGGCCGCCUGCACCGCCGGCGUGCUCAAGGUCUUCGACUUGCACGAGGCGUGCCGGCGCACGGCGGCGGGGCUGCCGGAGCCGACGCCGCUGCUGUGGGAGGACGGCGCGCACGACCUGGGCGCGCUGUGCUGCGCGGCCGAGGGCGACGCGGCGGCCACGGGCGGGCACGACGCGCGCGUGCGGCUGUGGGCCGUGCGGCGCGAGGCGGGCGGCUGGCGCGUGGCGCCGGGCGCGGCGCUGGACGGCCACGCGGCGGCCGUGACGGCGCUGCGCUGGGCGCGCGGCGUGCUGGCGUCGGCGGCGCUGGACCGCACGGCGCGCCUGUGGAGCGCGGCCGGCGUCUGCCUGUGCGUGCUGCACGCGCACGACCGCUACCUCACCUGCGUGGCGCUCGCGCCCGACCUGCGGUACAUGGUCACCGGUUCCAACGACAAGACCGUCCGCACGUGGGCGCUCGGCGACUUCACGAUCGACGACGAGCUCGAGCCGCCGUGUAACCCGAUGUCGCACUUCGGGGUGGGCGACCUCGAGGGCAUCGGGCCGGUGGACGACGAGGACCUGCUGCUGGGAGAGGCGGAGGCGGGCGCGGGCCCGGGCGCGGAGGAGGGCGCGGGCGCGGCGCGGCUGCAGACGCGGCUGCUGCAGGCGCACGGCGGCGCCGUCAACUGCAUCGCCGUGAGCGGCCCGCUGCUGGCCACCGCCUGCAGGUGGGUGCCGCGGCCGGCGCCGCCGGGCGGGCGCGGCGGAGCUGAGCCUUGCUGUGCUUGCAGUGACGGCGUGGCGCGCGUGUUCCGCCGCGAGGGCCCGUCGCUGCGCCUGCUGCGGGCGCUGGGCGCACGCGGCUACCCCGCGCUGGCCGCGGACUUCGGCGCCGGCGGCGCGCUGCUGCUCACGGCCGGGCUCGACGGGCCCGUGCGCCUCUGGGACGUCGAGUCGGGCGUCCUGCUGCGGUCGCUGCAGGCGCCGGCGGAGGAGGGCGGCGGCUGCGGCGGGCGCGGCUGCCGCGUGUCCCCGCACCGGCCGCCGCUGCUGCUGCUGGCCGCCGACGCCGCCUGCGCCGCGCUGUGGCCGCUGGACGAGCCGGACCCCGAGCCUGCGCACGUGUACGGCGGGCACGUGGAGGCGGCCACGUGCUGCGCGUGGAGCGCGUGCGGACGAGCGGCCGCGGUGGGCGGCGCCGAGGGCGAGCUGCGCGUGCUGGCGCCGCCGCCGCGGGCGCGGCUGCUGCGGCACCAGGCCGGCGCGCACGACCUCGGCGUGCAGAGCUGCGACUUCGCGGCGCGGGGCGCAGCCGGGCUGCCGGACGACGCGGCGCUGCUCGCCACCGCCGGCAGCGACGGGCUCCUCAAGCUGUGGCGGCUGGACUUCGACGAGGAGGGCGAGGAGGCGAGCCUGACGGCGCUGGCGGCGGCGAUGGCCCACGGCGGCGGCGCGCUGUGCGUGCGGUGGGGCGUCGGCGCCGCCCUGGCGUCGGCCGGCGCCGACGGCUGGCUGCGCGUGUGGCGCGCCGCCCUGGGCGCGGCCGCCGCGGCGCGGCUGGCGCAGCUGGCCGCCGUGCCGGCGCUCGGGGCCGCCUCGGCGCCCGCCGCCGCCAUCCUCGAUGCGAGACACGUCGCCCUGGGCUCGCUGUCGGGCGAGUUGGCGGUGUGGCGGCUGCCGGUGUCGAUAGCGGAAGAGGGGUCGCCGGGGGACGACGGGGCGGAGGAGGGCGCCGGGGGGGAGGGCGCGACGGACGACGAGGAGGACGCGGGGCUGGAGCCGCGCUGGUGGGGCGCCGCCGGUGUCGCCAGGUGGAUCAAGGAGUACGUCACCCGCGCACCCGAGGCGGGCGCGGCAUGCGCGGCGGCCGAGGCGGCGCUGCUGCGGCGGGCGGCCGGCGCCGGGCUGCGCGGGCAGCGCCUGCUGGACGCGCCGCUGCCGCAGCUGCUGGCGCUGCUGGCGCCCGGCGGCGAGGAGGGCGAGCAAGGUGAAGAGGGCGCUGAGGGCGCGGAAGACGCUGAGAACGCGGCGGACUCGGAGGGCGCGGAGGCCGCGGAGGUCCCGGAGGGCGCGGAGGUCCCGGAGAGCGCGGAGGCCGCGGAGGCCCCGGAGGGCGCGGAGGCCCUGGAGGGCGAGGUGCGCGCGCGGCUGCAGGCCGAGCUGCGCUGGCUGCGCCGCGCGCCGCCGCCGCCCGACCUGGCGGCGAGUCCGCGUGCGCUGAUCCGUGUGUUGCCGCAGGCGGCGCUGGCGCCGCACGCGCUGCUGUGCCCGCUGUCGCACGCGCUGCAGCGCGAGCCGGCGCGGGCGGCCGACGGUGUGACGUACGACCGCGCGGCGCUGCACUCCUGGUUCCUGGCCGCCGACGGCGCCGUGUCGGCCGUGUCGGGCCGGCGCCUGCGCAACGCUCGCGUGCUGCCCAACUACCGCGCCCGCGACAUGCUGCGGGACUUCCUGCGCCAGCACGCCGCCGACGUCUAGCCGCGAUCUAACGGCGCGCACGACGCUAAGGAAUUGGGUACAUGCAGGGACAAAAACAAUCUCGUCCCGUGAUUGAGGUUUAUUUACGAUUUUUAUCAAGAAUCACGUAACAAAUAGUACGACGUUUGACCACGUUUAUUGAUGGCGUCGUGCUUUUGUACUUUCAUACAAAUUCCAUUUCAUAAAAAAGUAUCUCAUUUGACUAUCAUUCGGUUGCCACAACGACUGAGUACUGGUCGUACCGUGUUUGUCAACACUGACAAGUCUACACGUUCACAAGCUAACCAGUUACUCACAAGUAUGUGUAAAUUAUGUUUAUCUAAAAAAUAAAAGAACAUGUACUUUACAUGUGUUACUUUUGAUAAACACUUUCUUGUAAUAAAUACAAUUUUUACUACAACAUUUCUUGUAAUUCAGGGCUUGUAAGUUUUGAUAAACAGGUCCCUAGUUGUCAUCUCCCCAAUCAGGGUGCGACACAUCAUCACAGUGGGCUGGGUUUCAUAUAAGUUAGCAAUAUAAUUAUGCCUUUUAUAAUACGGGACCAUCAACUGUGUGAUAUUUUCUGAAAUUAACAAGCCUCAAUUAAUUAUAGGCAUAUCUACUAAAGUAAAGCAGUUGGCAUGAGUCUGACUCUGUUUAUUAUCCAAAUAAAUUAUUUAACUGAAUACA